AUGAGCCUGAAAACUGCGCAAAGUUGGUUCCCACAAGGGCAUCCUGAAGCCAGGAGAGUCCUGGUUCAUCCAGUUGGGAACUUCCUGCUGUCUUACUACCAGUGCCCCCCAACUUGUUGCCAGACCCACCAGUUUAUCGUGGUCCAGGUGCCUUCCCCGAGGCCUGGCCCUGGGGCGCACCACGGCUGGCUUGCAGCGCCUUGGGAGCAGCUACACUGGCGACCCCAGGUGGUCUGGAGGAAGAUACUCUGCCCUGAGACGUUGACCACGUCGUCGUCGACUGCGUCUUCCUCCUCUUCGUCACCGUCGUCCGCUGCGUCUUCCUCCUCUUCGUCGUCGGCUAUGUCUUCCUCCUCAUCGUCGCCGUCGUCUUCCUCGUCGUCCUCAGCCUCAGCUCGGGAGAAGAGGAGGCUCAUCCACACGUCCAGCCCCAGCCUGGCCAACACCACAGCUGCCAAGAGGACCUUCAGCAGCAGCAUAGCCACAGGUCAGCCGCCACACUUAAACACUUACAUAGUCACUCCACAGCAAGUUAUCUACAGCUAUACUUUAAUUGGAGUGAAGAAGCCCGUCCUCACCAAGGAGUUUAAGGACAAGAUCCCUGUGGCCAUGCGUCAGCACUACUUGGGCUUGUUCACCGAGGAGUGCCUUAAGUUCUCCUCUUCGCACCUGGAGGCCAUCGAGAAGGCGCAGUCAGAGGAGAAAGUGAUCUACGACCGAAGUCCCAGCAAGAACAAGUACCUGAAUGUCGCCCUGCACACCCUGAAGAAGCUCAGGGGCCUGGUUCCCAGCGCCAUCCCGGGUCUCAGCAAGGCCACCUUGUACAGCCGCCUUCAGGGCUAUCUGCUCACGGAGGAGCAGCGCAAGGUACACGGUUUCCCGUUUGCGCAUCCGGAGAAGCCAGGGUCCGCAAUGCUCUACACACGAGAGCAGCCGCUGAGCACGGCACACAGGACCUGCUGCCGCUGUGGCAACAAGUUCCUCGUGUCAUCCUCGGGCCGCUGCCUCAGCUCAGAGCCCUGCGUGUACCACUGGGGGCGAGUCCUCUCCAACCCGGUGCAGGGAGGCUGGCAGGUGCGCUACUCAUGCUGCUCCGCGCCCAUGGGAGCCACAGGCUGCAAGGUGGCCAAGCAACACGUGCAGGACGGCAGGAAGGACAACUUGCAUGGCUUCGCCAAGACCUUCCCGAAGAAGGACUGGGAAGCGCACGCGGGAAUCUACGCCCUGGACUGUGAGAUGUCCUACACCACACAUGGCCUGGAGCUCACCCGCGUCACAGUGGUGGACACUGAUCAAAAUGUGAUUUACGACACCUUCGUCAAGCCAGACAAUGAGAUCGUGGACUACAACACCAUGUUUUCCGGAGUGACCGAGACAGACCUGGCGAACACCAGAGUUAGGCUGUGUGAUGUCCAGGCCGUGCUCCUUAGCCUGUUCAGCACUGAAACCAUCCUCAUAGGACACAGCCUUGAGAGUGACCUGCUGGCUUUGAAGUUCAUCCAUGGCACUGUGGUGGACACAUCCGUGCUCUUCCCGCACCACCGGGGCCCCCCCUUCAAGCGCUCCUUGCGGGGCCUCACCUCCCAGUACCUCAACCGGAUAAUCCAGACACACAGCGGUGGACACAGCUCCAUCGAGGAUGCCACAGCCUGUAUGCAGCUGGUGACCUGGAAGAUACAAGAAGACGCCAAGACCUCGAGCCCCUCUCAGCAGCAGGCCUCUUCCCAGAAGUGCGACCCUCUGCCGAAGCUGCGGGUUUGUACUAGCCGAUACACCCAGACACCGAAGAUGCUGGAGAUUCCAGACGUGUUGUACCUGGAGGAAAGUGAUUCAGAUCAAUCUCUCCAGCUAGAGACUUGA